AUGAUCAAAGGACUACAAACCCAAAUAGAAGCAAUUCAAAACCAGUCCGCGGAAGAUUGCAAGCAACUCUGGGAGCAAUUGGAAACUAUCGCGAAAACGCCAAUCAAUGCAGCUCAAAUGCAGACCAAACCACAACCAUCAUUCACAAAUAUAGCCAAUAGCCAAUCUGGCCCUCUAGGCCCUGUAGUGCCCCCUACAUGGGCGAACACACUAUUCUGCACAAUUGACAUGUCUCGUGUUGGAGAAGAAGACAAAGCCAAGGCACAGAUAGCUAAUGUCAGACAGAUGAUCGAAAAAGAGAUGCAGGGAAAGGAAGGAAUGGGGACCUGGCGCUGUGCAGCAGUAAUCAAGGAUCCAAAAAAUGAUAACCAAGUCAAAAUCAUUUGCAGACAGGAGGAGAUCCAAUGCGUCAAAGAGGCUGCUCAAAAGCUAAAUGUACCAGGAUGGAGAGUGCUAUGA